AUGAAGAAACUCAAGUGUAGCCGCUGCUCGGAGCUACCUACUGACCUGUUGAGACGUGUGUUGGGACGUUUGAGUGUUGUGGAACACCACCGCGCUAGGAAGGUGUGUAGGAAUUGGUACUUGUAUUCCAAACAAACGAUGCUCGGGAAAAGCGAAUCACCACCUUGGCUGAUGCUGUUCCCGUUCCCGGAGGAUGGUUGCGUGCUGUACAAUCCAACGGAAAAAAGGGUUUGCGGUACGAAGAGGGAGUUUUCAGGGAUUCGAUUCCUUGCAAACUCAGGUAACUGGUUCCUGGUGCUAGAUUCUCGAUCCAAUCUCUAUAUCAUAGAUUUGUUUAGCGACAAGAGGAUCAAUCUUCCAUCUCUAAAGUCAGUCAGGGGUGGAGCUAUAAGAGACAUGCGAAUACGUGGUAAAGAAGUCAAAGAGGCUUUCGAAAAUCUAAGAGGUGUUUUAUGGGUAGACGAGAACAAUGAAGAGUUCGUUGUGGUGUGGUGUUUUGACACUGGUUUAGCCUUUUGCAAGAACGGGCAAGAUUAUUUCGGCGUAAUUUAA